GUGAGCUAGCUACUGAGCUGAAGAGAGGGAGAGAGAGAGGGAGAGAGAGCCAAGAGUUGAGCGGCCGGUAGGCGAAGAGGUCCUGCUCUGGUGGCCAUGGCUCGUCUCCGCAGCUUCUUUGUCGUCUCCCUGCUCCUCGCGGCCGCCCUGAAGCUCCCCGGCGACGCAAUUGCCUCUCGCGGGCACCACGGCCCCGCUGCGCACGACUACAGGGAAGCACUCACCAAGUCCAUCCUCUUCUUCGAGGGCCAGCGGUCCGGCAAGCUGCCGCCGUCGCAGCGCGUGUCCUGGCGGAGGGACUCCGGCCUCGCCGACGGCUCGUCCGCCAAGGUGGACUUGGUGGGAGGGUACCACGACGCCGGCGACAACGUCAAGUUCGGGUUCCCGAUGGCGUUCAGCAUGACGAUGCUGGCGUGGAGCGUGGUGGAGUUCGGCGGGCUCAUGAAGGGCGAGCUGCAGCACGCCAGGGAGGCCGUCCGCUGGGGCGCCGACUACCUGCUCAAGGCCACGGCGCACCCGGACACCGUCUACGUCCAGGUUGGUGACGCGGCCAAGGACCACGCGUGCUGGGAGCGGCCGGAGGACAUGGACACACCCCGCACCGUGUACAAGGUGGACCCCAGCACCCCCGGCUCCGACGUCGCAGCGGAGACCGCCGCCGCGCUCGCCGCUGCCUCCCUCGUCUUCCGCAAGUCCGACCCGGCCUACGCCAGCCGCCUCGUCGCCAGGGCCAAGAGGGUGUUUGAGUUCGCAGACAAGCACAGGGGCUCGUACAGCAGCGGGCUCGCGCCAUACGUCUGCCCAUACUACUGCUCCUACUCCGGGUACCAGGACGAGCUGCUCUGGGGCGCGGCGUGGCUGCACCGGGCGACCAAGAGCCCGACGUACCUGAGCUACAUCCAGGUGAACGGGCAGCUCCUCGGAGCCGACGAGCAGGACAACACGUUCGGGUGGGACAACAAGCACGCCGGCGCGCGGAUCGUCAUCUCCAAGUCGUUCCUGGUGCAGCGCCUGGGGUCGAUGCACGAGUACAAGGGCCACGCCGACAGCUUCAUCUGCUCCAUGGUGCCCGGCACGCCCACGGACCAGACGCAGUACACCCGGGGCGGUCUGCUGUUCAAGCUCAGCGACAGCAACAUGCAGUACGUGACCUCCAGCUCCUUCCUCCUGCUCACCUACGCCAAGUACCUCGCCUUCGCGAAGCAGACCGUCAGCUGCGGCGGCACCACCGUCACGCCGCAUCGGCUCCGCGCCAUCGCGCGCAGGCAGGUGGACUACCUGCUCGGGAGCAACCCGAUGGGGAUGUCGUACAUGGUGGGCUACGGCGCCAAGUACCCACGCCGCAUCCACCACCGCGCGUCGUCCCUGCCCUCCGUCGCCGCGCAUCCAUCCAGGAUCAGGUGCUCGCAGGGGUUCACGGCGCUCUACUCCGGCGCGGCCAAUCCCAACGUCCACGUCGGCGCCGUCGUGGGAGGGCCCAACCUGCAGGACCAGUUCCCCGACCAGCGGAUGGACCACGAGCACUCGGAGCCGGCCACCUACAUCAACGCGCCGCUCGUGGGCGCGCUCGCGUACCUCGCGCACUCCUACGGCCAGCUCUAGCUUAGCUCGGAUACCAUCCAAGUCAUUGGAUUAUUAGUGGUUCUACUACUACUGUUGUUGUCGUCUUGAUUAACAAGUCGAUGGAUUAGAGGGGAGCAAACUGUGAUUUGGGAACCCCAGUGCAAGCAAAAGCAAUGGCACCUGCGGAUCUUAAUUUAUUGUCACUGCGUGUUAAGUACGCCCAAGUGUGAUUGGUUGCGUGACGCCGCUGCUGGCGCACGGAUGUAUCGGUGAGGCAGAAUGUGCUCACUCCAAGUGUACUACUAGUGCUAUGGUUGCAACUCGCAACUCGAUUAUCUAAUUGCAUUGAGUUUCUAGCAGUACUGCUACUGCUCCAUUCAGCA